AUGUCUUACCCGCUUCAGAAGAGCGACGACGAGUGGCGAACCGUCCUCUCCAAAGAACAGUUCCGCGUGUUGAGACAACAAGGAACCGAAGCGCCAUACACUGGCAAAUACGACAAGCACAUGCCCGAGAAGGGCGUCUACACCUGCGCGGGCUGCGACGCGCCGCUCUAUACCGCGAAGCACAAGUUCAAGUCUAACUGCGGCUGGCCUGCGUAUUUUGACAGCAUCCCCGGGGCUGUGACGCGCCACACAGAUAACUCGUUUGGCAUGGCGAGGACGGAGAUCGUGUGCUCAAACUGCGGGGGGCAUCUGGGGCAUGUGUUCCAGGGGGAGGGAUAUGAUACGCCGACAGAUGAAAGGCACUGUGUUAAUAGUGUGAGCUUGAAGUUCUCACCGGACGACCCGGUUCUUAAUGGAAAGGGAGCUGAGAGUAAGGUCUGA